AUUGCUGCACUGUCUCUAUUCAAAUAAAGUAGCACGAUAUCGCGUUCCAAGGUUAACGUCGAGUUGCCUAUCUAUGUUCAUUGGGAUUAUUACUUUCUACUAUGAUCGUCUUUAAUAUGAUAAAUACUCGGUCCUCUACGAGCCUUUCUUUGAGGCAAAAUGCACAAUAAAACACGUGUGGUUAUAUACAAGGGAACUAUCUACAAAUAUAAAACUCAUCAUCCACAAUAUAUAGAAAUUAUAACUCAAUUAAAUGAUAAAAAUUCAUAUUUAAUUAUUUAUCAAUCUAAAUCUAAAUGGAAAUAUAAAUUUAAUUCGAAUACUACUAAUUGGAUUAUUCAAAAAUUUUUAUUACAUCAAUUUAAUGAAAAUAAACAAACUAAUCAAAAUGGAAUAGAUUCAACAGGACCAACAACAACAAGACCAACGAAUAUACCAUCCAAUACUACUACUCAUACUAAUAUUAGGACUACUAACACUAAUACUGCUACUACUGUCAAUACUAACACUAAUACUACUACUAAUACCAUUACUAAUACUAACACUACUAUCAAUAGUAAUAGUAAUAUUAAUACUACUAAUACUAACACUAAUACUACUACUACUGUCAAUACUAACACUAAUACUACUACUAAUAGUAAUAGUAAUACUACUAAUACUAAUACCAGUACUACUACUACUAAUACUAUUUCAUUGAAUUUAAUUAAUGAUUAUUUAAAUGAUAAUGAUUAUAUAAAACAAAAAACGAAUUCAAUUAUUGAAUCAUUAAAUGAUUUAUUUUAUGCAACAAUAUUAUAUAGAAAUAAUAAAUCAAAUUAUAAUUUAUCAUUUAAAUUAUCUAAAACCAAAUUCAAAUGGUUACAUAAUUAUUCACAAAAAUCAAUGAAUUAUAUUCAUCAUUCAUUAUCAUCAUCAUUAUCAACAGGAUCAUCUUGUCAUUCUGUAAAUAAUUCUUCAUCAUCAUUUAAAAAAUCCUACAAAAGCAAAUCAUGUAAAUUAAUUCAUUCUAAUUCACAAUCAAUUGAUUCAACUGUAUCUAUGAUUUCUAAUUUAUGUAUAUCUAAUGAGUUGAAUACAAGUCAACAAAUGUGUACAAAGAAUCAACCUAAAUAUACUACUACUACUACUACUACUACUACUAAUAGUAAUAAUAAUAAUAAUAAUGUUGUCAAUGAUACAUCAAAUAUUCUACUUGGUUUAUUUUUGGAAUCAGGAAAACAUUUUAUAUUUGAAUUUAAUACAAUACAUGAAAGAAAUUUAUGCUUAGCAUCAUUAAAUAAAAUUAUUACUAUGAAUAAACAAAUGAAUGCUUAUCCAGAUAUUGAGUUUGCAUGGUUUGUUAAUGUUCAUUUUAAACCAAAAGAUUAUACAAGUGCCUGUUUAAUUCCAAACAAUAAUGGAUCACAUUAUUUAUGUUUAACUUGUACAGAAAUACUUUUAAUUCAAGGAAAUUUACGUAUACCGAAAUUAAUUAUUUUAUAUCGAUUUGUACGUCAAUGUGUAUCACGUAGAGAUGGUCAAUUUCGUAUUUAUACUGGUCGUGCAUCACCAAUUGGUGAAUGUGAAAUUAUAUUUCAAUUAGCUGAUCAUACAGAAGCAGUAUAUGUACAUGAACAAUUUACACGACUUAUGCAUCAGGCUAGUGUAAAUACACCAUCAUUAUCAUUGUCUUCAUCAUCUUCAUCUUCAAAUUCUGGAUGGAAUCGAUUUGGUUAUAGUCAAAAUAAUUUACCUCCAUUGCCAAGACCAAUUUCAUUAUCUCAAAAUAAUCCAUUAUUAUCUGAAGUGAAUUUACAACCAAUUAAACGCUUAACUCGUUCCAAGUCUAUAUCCAUCAUUUACAAUAAUAAUGAUAAUAAUUCCAUAGACGACGACAACAAUGACAAGAAGAAUCAUUCCAUGAACAAUAACAACAAGAAGAAUAAUCUUGAUUAUAAUGAAUGUAACAUAAUAAUAAACAAGAAAAAUGUAUUACAUCAAUCAUGUCCUUUAUUAUUAAAUACUAUCAAAGAUAAUUAUUUCUUGGAUCAUCAUGAUCAACAAUAUUCAAAAGAAAUAAAAUCAAUACAAAAUGAUCAUAAUGAUACUAUAAUAGUUAAUAAUGAAAUAAAAGAAAUUAAUAACAACCCUACAUCUCAUUAUUUGGAAAUGAAUUUAUGUGAUAGCAAUAUAAAAGAGGAUAAUAAGAAUUCAGUUAUUCUUAGAAAUCAAUCUAUAUUAAAUAAUCGAAUCAAAGCAUUUUCUACAUGUUCACCAUUAGAUUUAAUGUUUACAUCAUCUCAAUUAUUUAAUGAAAUAGUAUCAUUCAAAAAAGUAUUAUGUCCAACUAUUCAACAACAAGGACAACAACAACAACAAUCAUCAUCUUCAUCUAUAUCAAAUAGUAAUAUUAUUAGUCAUCGUGAUAAUAAUGAUUUAUUUGCACAAUUAUUCUUUGAAAAACCACACUAUCCAUAUUCAUCAUCUUCGUAUGUUAUUGGAAAACAAGAUCAAUUAUCUUCAUUAACUUCAUUACAUUAUUCUAAUCAAAGUCAAUCAACAUCAACUAGAUCACAUAAUAGUUUGUUUCAUAACAGUAAUAAUAAUAUUAUUAAUAGUAAUAGUAGUGGUAUUAAUACUACUUGUAAUAGUAUGAGUAGUAGUUUAUCACCUAUGAUGAUAACAACUUCUAGUGGUUCAUCUAUAUUUUUUAAUUGUGGUAAUAGUAUUCAUGGUGUUAAUAGUAAUAGUAAUAGUAGUAGUACUAGUAGUACAAAUGUUAGACCAAGAACAUCAAGUGAUGUUAGUAAUAUGCGUAGAUCAUAUUUCUAUCAUUCACGUGUACAUUAUCCUCAUCAUCUUCAACAACAAUCAACUAUGACACAAACUCAUUAUCUUCAUCAUUCACAACAACGGCAGGAAUAUUCUCCUCGUCCUUUAAGUACCAUUGAUUAUCAAACAUCACAGAAUAUGAUUUCCAACUUAAAAUUAGGUAGAGAUUUAACUAGUAUUAAUGAAUUAUUACCAGUGAAUAAUUCAAAUAUUAUAAAUCCAGUUAGUAGACCACGUGCAGCAACUACUGGAUCUAAUUUAUUAUUAAAUAAACAACGAUUAUCAAUAGUAUUAAAUCAUUUAAAAAUGAAUUGGUUUAAAAAACAAUCAAAUAUGAAAAAAAUCACUCAUCACAAUUUUACUAAUACUAAUUAUGCUACUAAAUAUAAUUUUAGUAGUAUAAAUGAUAAUACUAAAGAAAUGAACGAAGAUAAUAAUGAUGGUGGCAAUGAUGAUGAAUAUGUUGAAACAUUUCCUAUGAAUAUGAAUAUAUUAUCGAAUAAUUUAAAUUCAUUAACAUUACAAACAAAUCUGUUGCCAAAUUUAUCAAAUCAUUAUAUGAUUUUAUAAGUUACAAACUAGUUUGAUGUAUAUUUCUUGAUGUAAUCAUUUAAUGUACAUAAACAUGUGAUGCUUAACAGCAUUUAUUACCUUCUUAUAUAUGAUAUGAUAUCUUUGUUGAAAGAUUCUAAUUCACUUGAGACAUUACUUACUUCCUUACUUACUUAUUCUUGUUACACCUCGUAGACGAGGAGAGGGAGGAGGAGGAGGAUAAGUACAGGCUGACCAUCAAUACUUUCUAUCUAACCUUAUCCUCAGCAAUUGAUUUCCAGUUAUUUAUUUAUUUCUAAAAUGUAUUAUUCAAUUUUGUUCAUGAUACCAUUGUAUUUUUUAUAAAGCCACUUACUUAAAUCGCCCCCUUCCCCGUGAAAUUUUACUCAUCUAUUUUUUUUUUCAACAAAGAAAAAAUCAUUCCAUUUGAGAAAUUUUUUAUCAUUGUCAUAUUGAAUUAUUAAAGGAAUCCAUAUAUAUUUUUUUCAUCCAUUUUAUUUCAUUAAAUUAUGGUAUUAUGAAUAUAGAUUUAUGGAAAAUAUUGAAAUAGAUUUUAAAUUUUUAAAAAAAACGUGUAAAUAUAAAAUGGAAUAAAAAGAUGAUUAAUU